AUGAAGACCUGUUUUUAUGUCUUUAUAGUCUUGCUGUCUCUCCUUCAGAAGGUGGAAGCGUUCAACGCCAGUUCAUUCAUUGGCUUCUUUUUUCUCGCGGUUUUCGUCGUUGGUGGGCUGAUCUUCUUAGUCUUGUGCUGCAAAGAUCGAAAAUAUAUUUUUGGCGGCCAGCGGCAAGAGCAUACAACAGCAAUGACAGUUAACAUACCCAGCAUGCAACACUCUGCCAGAGCAUCUCGCGAACACUACCCAGGAUUCGUUUCGACCACUUUCCCAGGACGCACCGCGCCGCUACAGGUGCAUAUUGAAACAUCAUAUUUGUCAUACAUUGGGGAACCUCCCCCACCAUAUCCAGGCAAUGACAGAGGAUAUGCAACUGAUAACAGCUUCCCAAUUACUCGCAAUGACAAUGGCAUUGACAAUUACGGAACUGGCAUCGGCAUUGAUGCCAGUGGCAUUGAUAUUACAUACAAUAACUCUGAAGAUAAUGUAAGCAACACUGAAAAUUAUGCUAAUGACACUGAGUAUGAUGGCAGUGACAUCAACAGUCUUGGUAUUGGUCUCCACAAUGACGGCAAUGACGUUGAGAAUGAUUGCACCCAAAAUGGUAACAGCAUCGGAAAUAAUCAUGGCAAUAGCCAAACUGAAAAUGAAGGCGACGGUACCGGUAAUGAUACUAAUGAAAGUCGUAUUUCUUGCAAUGGCUUUAACAGCGAUGUCAGCAAUUGCAAUGUUAUUGACACAGGUAGUGGGGAAAUCGGCACUCAAUCAGCAAUCAAUGAUGGCGAAGGCAAUGAAAAUAACGGAAGUGUAAUGGAUAAUAGUGCAAACGGCAUUAGAAAUGAUACCAGCAAUGUUAAUACUAAGGCAUUACAAAGAACGCCGGCAGAGGACUUGAACAACAGGGAAGAUUUCAAAAAGCAACUUGAAGAUUUAACGCAAGUUAUAAAGAAACUUCAGGAUGAGUUUGAAAAUGACGUCGUUCUUUGGGAUGUUACACAACGCUACUCUUCCCGACUUCCCGAACCGAGUGGCGGUUCUUUCGAGUUCAAAGGAACAGCUCUUGGGGAAAAAUUGUUGGAGGCCGGAGUCAAUUUACUGACAAAGGAGUUAAACAGUAGAGUAAAGACCAAAGAACAGGAAAAAAAAUCAGACUCUGGGUCCAAGAAAAAUCCCAAAGAGACAUUGCAGAAGAGAGCGAACCCAGCUGUGGCCGCGGCUGCUGGCGAAAAAGCUGUGGAAAUGGGUGGUAAGAUGGCUGAAAAGCAAAUGGAAAAAAUGGAACAGCAGCAAAAUAAAGUCGACCAAUUUCUCGGUUCCGAGAUAAAACUUGACAUCACUGGUGACAAAGGUUGGCAGACCGAUGACAUGUUCAUUCCGCCUGGUUACCACAUGGAUGCAAAAGUUGUUCCGGAAUCAAAACCUGCACCAACUGUGCAAGGACAGCAGCCAUUUACAUUUCCAUUUGGUGCUGGUGGAUUGAUAAUGAACGGAUGCUUUGGAAGUGGAUAUCAACCUGGUGAUCGCUGUUAUGACGCCACGUGGGCAACCACCAAAUGUAUUGAUCUGAUACCUGGAGCCACAUUUGUGGGAGUUGGCUUUGAUGGCCGAGGAGACUACAGUCCUGAGUCCAGCAGAAUGGAUCUUGUACAGAGAGCCUGUGCUCGGAAACAAAGAUACAACGGCAAAAUGAUUCCCGACACAAUGAAGCUCCUCGGAGUAUACGACACAAGUGCCAAUAUGCAGGUAUUCUACAGUCGGUCUGAAUACCAAAAAUAUCUAGAACAGCAGUCAGGCGUCUCCGGAUCCGGCUUUGGUUUCUAUGGUGGGGUGAAAAAAGCUUGGGGAAGCACAGCUACUGAAGGCUCACAGAAAUAUCUCGCUGUAUUUGAUAUUGAUGUUGACAGGUAUGAAAUUUUUAUGGAUGUAGUGAAGCCUGACAAUUUGAACGUUGGAUUCCUUCGAGAGUUCAUGAUGCUUCCAACCUCAUACUACGAGCCAGGGGCAGCUCUAAAAUUUCAGGAUUUUAUUCAACGCUUUGGAACUCACUACAUCAAGGCAGGACGAUUCGGUGGCCAACUUGAGAUCCGCAAAAGCAUGGAUGCUAAGGAGGUGUCAUCUAAAACAGAGUUUAGCGAGGUUAUGGAAUUUGAAUUUAAAUCUUUCUUUGCCAGUGCUGGCGCCAGAAAGAGCGACGUAGAAGGUGAAAGACAAAGGUCCCAAACCAAAACCUCUUCCACCUCUAUGUCUGUCCAAGGAGGGAGUCAGGAGAUUGCAGCUGUCAUUUCUGAUGUCUACGCUCCCACGUUUAAAGCCGAGUUUAAGGAAUGGCUGAAGUCAAUUCCCACGUUCCCAAAGGCCUUCAAAUUCACAAUCAGUUCUAUAACAGAAUUGCUGGAUUUCCGAUCCUCUGACCUUUUUCCCGAUGCAGCACCAAGUUUUGGAUGUGAAGCACACAGAGCUGAGUUGCGGAAAGACCCAAGGACUAAUAAACACUACUACAAUGCAACUGUCAAUGGAACUGUCGUCAAAGAGUUCUGUGAAUAUCUCAGCCGAGAGGCACUUGAGUACUCUAUCCGCCAGCGGAGAACUUCAUUGAAAAGAGCAAUUGAUGUUUACAUGGAAGAGGGAUCCAUCUCGGUAUCUGACAUGUCACUGGCUCCUGGCAUACCCGGGUGCCAAACACAGAACUACAAGUAUCAAACGAAAGCUGGAAGGCCAUCAUGGGUGGAGAUGACCAAGCACCAAGCUGCCUUCAAAGUGAUCUUUAAAAUGGACAAUGACUUGACAGGUUCCUACCAUGGAAUGGUCAAGAUUCCAAGUCAGUUGGAGUGUUUCGUAAGGUUCAUUGAUGGAGAGUGGGUAGUCAGUAAAAGUGAUGACAAAUUUGACUUUUUUAGUGGUUGCAAACGCGGUGGUAGCGGGAACGUGGACUCUGGAGAUCACUACCUUUGCAUUUAUGGAUUAGUGCUCAAAUACGACGAAGAGAGAGGAGCACUGAACGUUGACGAACAGGGGUUCAACAUUUCAAGAAAGACUUUCCAAAAGCUAGAUACGAACUUGAUUGGUGGAGAGAUAGCCAGGGUGGAAUGGCCAGCCGAGCACAUAUUUCAAAUGCAGGAGGUAGUUGGUUAUUUGCCAUGCAACGUGAAAUGGUCAAAUGCUCUAAGGUUUGACCCUGGUCAGGGAGGAAAAUGUCUCCAUUUUACCGCUUCAACUAAAGGCACAGUUUUUGUCAUCUUUUCUGUCAUUCCUAAGGACAAAGACACUUGGUACUAUGUGCAGAUUUCUCCUCAUGGGGUUGGAAUCUUUAAGUCACAGGCUCUGAAAGUGUCAAGUGUGGAUGUCGAUGCAGUUGGAUUGGGAGAUGAAAUCUUGUACCAGCCAUAUUUUGUUUGUGUCAAACAAGAACCAGAUGCCACUGUCAUAGAAUACGGGAAAAGUCAAGGCACCACUGAGAAGGGAGAGAUCUACCUAUCCAUGAUCGACAAAGAGAAGCCGAACCUUCACGUACGAUUUUAUGCGUUUGGAAAUGGAGAGGACGCAUUGGAAAUCACUGACGCCCAUGUACUUAAGCGCAGCUUUACCAAAGCGGAAUGCAAGGGAGACACAUCAAAAGACGAAGGAACCAAUACAUGCGUUCAGAAGUGUCACGAGAUGUGUGACCCCUUAAAAGGUUGCAGGAGUACUUCUAGUGGAGAACCACUGCCAACGGAUUGCAACGCAUGUUUGUAUCUAGAACGAGUUGAUACUGGAGAAUGUAUCGAGACCUGUCCUGAAGGAUUCAGAGAGAAGGACGGAACAUGUGUCCCAAGAGGCUGCCAGAAAAAUCCGUGCAGGAAUGGAGGAACAUGCAAAGAUCUAGGGGAUGAGAAAUAUGACUGCCAAUGUACAGAAGAUUACCGGGGCGAUCAUUGUGAGAUAGCUGCUCAUCCAUGCGAAUCAAGUCCGUGUAAAAAUGGAGGAACUUGCGAGGAGGAUCCUCAGAAUCUGGGUCGUUUCUCGUGUUCUUGUGCUUCAGGAUUUGGUGGAGAAACAUGUGAAAUUGGCCGCGCGGUCGGCUUAGUAACAAAACAUUUUCCAUUGGGUCUUUCAGAUGUAUGUCCUGAUGGUUGGACAGAGUUUGACGGUUUCUGUUACAAUUAUGAUGAAGAACGGGAAGUCCACAGCCUUACAGAAGCAGUGUCAGUUUGCGAAAAGUUGGAUGCAGACGUCCUGGUCAUCAACUCUAGAGAGGAAAACGAAUUCGUAAAGGAUUUGGUUCCUAGUGCAUGGCUUGGGAUGAGGUAUAGCUACAGAGAGCGUGGAUAUAGAGAAUGGAAAUUGUUAGAUGGAAAGGAUCCUCUUUUCAAUCUGGCGGAAUCGUGGCCUAUUUCAGAUUAUUACGGUCGGUAUCGGGGAAAUCAUGAUGACAUUUGUGCAAUCGUCAGCCGUGACGAAAGAGUUUGGGAACUUACGCGCUGCUAUUUCGGAGUGGCGCCUGCAGUGUGCAAGCGGCCGGUUGGAGAUCGCUGA